AUGCCGGCCCUCGACCUCGAGAACCCAGGCGUCUCCGCUGUGAGCGCGUUUGGGGAGCUUCUGAAUGAGCUGCUCGACGAAGCCUCUGCUGCGAAAGAGGCGGCGACCAUCGAGCCGGCUCUCUCGAAAUCCGACUUUGCCAACAUCUACGAUCGAGUCUCCUCUUCGCUUGCCCGCUCUAGCAUUGCGGGCUCUGAAAGCAAUGCGCCCCAAGACUCGCUCAGAUCUCGACAGUUCGCCGUCGUCGAAACAGCGGCUCGCGAUUCCUUCAGCAAGCUAAUCGCGACAACGUCAAUUGAUAGCCCCAAAUUUGUGCGGAUGUGGAAUUUGCUGGAUAUUCUAUCGAUACUCUCCGACGAUGGCCAAUGCGAUCCAGCUCUCCUCUUUUGGCUCGUGGAGGAGCUUCUCGACAGCCAGACGAUCGCGGGAUGCCGCAUAAUAUUCGACUUUCUUGAAUCAAGGCGAGAGCGCAUCACGGCCAAGCACUUUAAACAGAAGAAUCUUGUUAUUCUUCGAAGCUGCAACGAGCUGUUGCGAAGGCUCUCUCGCGCUGAGGACACAGCUUUCUGCGGACGAGUAUUCAUUUUUAUGUUUCAGAGCUUCCCGCUGGGAGACAGAAGCUCCGUCAAUCUACGAGGAGAAUAUCAUGUCGAGAAUGUGACAUCUUUCGAAACACCGGAAGAUGACGACGGCAAAAUGGAAGUUGAUGCCCAGGCAGAAACGCCAAAGGAAUCGAGCGCUCCCAAAGCCGGUGCAAAGAACGGAGCUCAAGAUUCAAACAAAGCGCAAGCGCCAGAUUCUGAUACACUCUAUCCUCUAUUCUGGGCUUUACAAGAAAGCUUCAGCCAACCCUUGAAGCUGUUUGACGUGGCCAAUUUUACAAAGUUCAAAAGCAGCCUAGAAUUGACCAUCAAGGCUUUCCAGGCGAUCCAUGACGACAGCUUGUAUACAUCAAAGUCCAUGGAGAACCUCAAGCGAACUCUCAAGAGAAAGAGGGAUGACGAUGGAACCGAGACGCUUCCAGAGGCGUUUAAUCCCAAAUACCUUACGACUAGGGACAAGAACUGGGUCUUUUGGAAGAUGGCCAGUUGCCCGCCCAUCCAGCGCGACCCAGUAUCGGCCAAAGGCUUCGUCGAGGCAAAGGAAGCCGCCCAGCGCAUGGCAACCAGCAAGCGGCUGCGGCCAAAUCCUCUCAACGCGGUACCCCUCGAUUUUCUCGCAAACGAGGACGAAACUUCGGCACUGGAUAAGCUGAAGGAUUCGGAGCGGUACCAGCUGCCCGAGCUAGAUGCGUUCAAGAGCAAAAUCGCAGACGACGACUUUGAGAUUGAGAUGCCGACCAACAGCGAUACAAAGGCCGCAGCCGUUGCAGGCAAAGCAAGCAAGAGCUGGAGAGCCCUCCGGAUAGCAUCGAGAUUCAAGUUGGCGGCCUUUGAUAAGCUCGAUGACCCGAAGAAGAUCAACCUCAUUUUUGAGGACGAUGUCGAAGGGGCUGAAGACGAAGAGGACACCGAGCCAACCGCGAGCGAGGACGACAUGCCCAAGAAUCGCGACCCCAUCAUUCUGUCUGCGUCAUCUGGCAUCGACAUCUCAUCGCUAAAGACUGCACUCAUGGAUCUGCACAAGGGAGUAUUCGCCCCUGUGGUACGCCAUGCCGUGCGCGAGCCUGAGGAUGGAGAGGUCAAUGGUAAGACCUUCCACUUUGUCAAAGCCCAGGAGUUUAAUCAGCUGCGAGACGGCGACCGAUUGGUCGAGUAUACAACUCGUGAUGGAGUGGACUAUGGCACAAGCAGCAAGGCUGUCGAAGCUAUCGUUGAAACGGGCAAAGUGCCUGUCAUUGAGCUUGAUGUCGAGGCCGCCCAAUUCGCCAAGGACAUGGACUUCUCAGCCCGCUACAUAUUCAUCAAAUCCUCCACAGACGAAACCUUUGACGAGUCCAAAAUGAAUGAGCUAUAUGACACUGUCAUUGUAGACAACGACAACCUCGAAGAAACGGCCACCAGCGUUGGAGAAUUCAUUUACGCGGAAAAGGCCACUGAAACUGAAAAAGCCGAGGAAGAAGAAGAAGAGACCCCAGCCAAUGGCGAUGCGAACAUGGAAGAUGCACCAUCGGCUGCUGACGGCAACGUGCAAUAG